AUGAUGACGAAUGGAGAUUUACAUAGACCCAUUGUGUUACGUUGGAAAGCUCUGGAAUACAAUGAUACCACUUUGGAAGGAUACUUCAAAACCAUGAAGGCAAGAAAUUUUGAAGAGUUUAAGCAAGCACUUUCCCUUAUUACGUCUGUUUCUUGCAAUUAUGUCUAUGCUGACGCAAAUAAUAUUGGUAUGUUUCCGGCUGCAAUUUAUGGAGCCACUCCAAUCCGCCGAGAGGGACAUACUGGCGAGUUUCCAGUGCCUGGUGAUGUAUCCACGUGGGACUAUGACGGAUAUGUGCCCCUAGAUAAGGUUCCCUAUACUUUCAAUCCUUCGAAAGGUUAUGUCGUCACAGCAAACAAUAGAUUAGCCCCCUCCGGCUAUCCUUAUCAGGUCACAAGUGACAAUGCCUUUGAGUUUAGAGCAAAACGAAUUACUGACAUGCUUGCAAGUUUAGUUCGAAACUCCACCGUGCAAAAAAUUGGAUACGAACAUAUGAUGGCUAUUCAAUUAGAUGGAAAAUCAAUGGCUUAUGAAUCCCUGAAGUUUGCUUUUGUGAAAAUGCUAGAAAUGUUGAAUUCUAAAAACGAAGACAAAACUAGUAAUUUAUACAAGUGGACUGAAAAGAUGACCGUAUGGAAUGGUUUCACAUCCUAUGGAUCGCAAGAGUCAUCAAUUUUCCAUUUGUUUUUGGCACAGGCUUCAUUACUUCCAUUCCCAGAAACAAAAGCAAGCUUGCUUAGAGCAGAUUAUUUGAGACAAAUCAUGCUGGACAACACAGACCUAGCAUGUAGCUCCAGUGAAUAUUCUUCAUGUAUUGAAUAUGGUAUCUAUGCAAUGAAGAAAGUUCUCGAGUUUUGUCAAAGCAAGUUUGGAGGAAUUCCAAAGUGGCAUCAAGAUAUUCACUAUGUGUCGCUAGAGCAUCAACUUCUUACCAAGACACCUGUACAAUGUUUUGUGAACCGUCAAAUAAGACCUAAGAUUGGAGGAGGUUGGCAAGUUCCUAAUUCUCAAACGGUCAGAUUUGAUUUAAAGACUCCAACUGAUAGCAACCCAACCUUGACAUCUUUUGAAGAUUUAAGAACUACCCACAGUGUCUCAUACAGACAAGUUAUUACUUUUGGAAAUGACUAUUUCAUCAUUCCAUUAGGUAAUUCUGGAAAUCCAUUAGAUCAAGCCUAUGACCAUUUGGGUGACAUGUGGGGUAGUGGUGAGUAUCUGCCCAUGCUCACUUCAGGUUAUGUCACUAAAUUUAACAUGACCAUGUAUCCUUAA